GUCAAGCUUAAUUUAGUAGUGCUUGAAGUCUCGUCGAAGCAACUGCACGUUUCUUUUUUUUUUGGUUAGUUUGUAAUUAUAAAACAUACAUUUUUGCACAGUAGUAUACAAAAACCAAAACAAAAUUUGAAAUUAUGCGCAAAUUUGUAUUGUUAAUUUGCGUCUCUAUUGGCCUAAGUGACACAGUGUUAGUCGAACCGGCUAAAAUACCAGAAAGUCAUAAUGUAAUUUGGGGUGCUCGUGGCUCACGUGACGUACUCGUGAAGCGUGAAAUAGUCAAGGAGACAUUCAAGCCUUUGCGCAUUGUCUCAAGCGAUUAUGAGUUUACACAGAAGUCUGAUCGCGUACCCUAUCCGCGCACCAUCACCCAGAUUGUUGUCACCGAUCAGUAUACCGAUGGCGAUGGCGGAUAUGCAACACUCAAAAGCGGCGGACCGGGCAUGGAUUUUGCUGUUGUACACUUGAAAAGUCAGCGUGGUCAUGGUUAUCAUUUUACGAUUGACAUUUAUGGGCAAUGAAAAUAAAUUAUGUCGAUGUAUUGGGAGAACUACUAAAA